UUUUAGUGUCUUUUCUUUAUAGUUCAGAUAGCUAUUUGUGAUUAGUAGAAAUGUCUGUUUAGCCAGUAGACAGGAGAUUAUUACCUCUCAUCAUUAUGCUGCUGGCUCUGGUUCUGGUUCUGAAUCUUGUCUUUGAGGCUCGUUCCUCUGAGCCGACAUCAGUAACUAUUCAGUACCGGGUUUGGGAGGAGCAGCCGGCGGGAACCCAGGUCGGCCGUCUGGUGGACGACCUUCGGCAGAGGGAUGUAGGCGGUCUUUUGGAGAAUUUCCAGGUUGUAGAGCACGGAAAAGCCCUUCCCUUCUCCGUCAGCACUCGAGAUGGAGUUGUCACCACCCAGGGUCGGUUGGACAGGGAGGAGCUGUGCCGGGGUUCGGACCUGUGUGAGGUGGCCUUCAGUGUCCUCUACAUGAAAAGUGGCGCAGUGGACUGCCUGCGGGUUCAUGUGGAGGUGAUGGACCUGAACGACCACAGUCCCAGCUUCCCCACACCUCUGCAGGAAGUGGAGAUCUCAGAGACGGCCAGCCUCAGAAUGCGAAUCCCUUUGGAUCGUGCAGUGGAUCCCGAUGCAGGUCCGAACAGCCUUCAGACCUACUCGCUCUCUGUCAACCAACACUUUGCUCUGGAUAUGACGGUUGCUCCAGGUGGGACGAAGCAGGCUGAGCUGGUUGUUAUCAAAGAACUAGAUAGGGAGGUUCAGGGCUCCUUUGACCUUACACUAGUGGCAUGGGAUAAAGGGAACCCUCCCAGGUCUGGGAGCACCUUGGUUCGUGUUAAUAUUCAGGACUCAAAUGAUAACAGCCCCACCUUUGAGGACAGCACUCCCACUGUGGAGCUACCUGAGGAUACAGCUCGUGGGACGACCAUCAUCAACCUCAAGGCCACUGACCCUGACCAAGGUGCAAAUGGGGAGGUGGAGUAUUCCCUCAGUAAGCACACACGUUCAGAGGUCCACAGGCUCUUCUAUGUGGAUCCGAAAACUGGAGCUGUGAGUCUCAAAGCACCUCUGGACUACGAGCUCCAGCACUCCUAUGAAGUGAUCGUUCAGGCUCGUGAUCGUGGACCAAAUGCAAUUCCUUCUCACUGCAAAGUGCACGUCAAGUUAAAAGAUGUUAAUGAUAACGCACCUAGGAUACACAUGACCUGGACUCCACGCAACUCACCUGUAGCGACUGUGCUUGAGGGAGCAUCAGAAGAUACUUUCCUUGCCUUGGUAAUGGUCUCUGAUGCAGAUUCGGGAGACAAUGGCAAAGUGAGAGCUUUCAUGCAGGAAGGAUCUGGCCCUUUCCGCCUCAAACGGAUCCACGGUGACAAUUACAUGAUUGUGACAAAUGGCAGCCUGGACAGAGAGAAGGUGAUGAACUAUAACAUCACGAUCCUUGCACAGGAUUAUGGAGAUCCUCCACUGACCUACGUAAAACAGCUUCCUGUUCAUGUUCUGGAUGAGAACGACAACGCCCCGGUGUUCUCCACCUCCCACUAUAAGGCUUCAAUCAUGGAGAACAACGUAGCCGGGUACCACGCCCUCAAAGUUGAAGCUCAUGAUGCUGACCUGGAGUUCAGCGGCAGGGUUUCCUACUUCAUACACAACUCCAGUAGCCCAAGAACCCCCAUGCAAUCUUUCUCCAUCCACCCAACCAGUGGCAUCAUAAGCAUCGAGCGCCCUUUGGACUAUGAGGAAUCUAAAACCUACUCUUUCAUUGUGGAGGCCACUGACCAGGGCCACCCACCUCUCUCCACCACUGCCACCGUGCAGAUCGACAUCCAAGAUGCAAACGACAACUACCCAGUCAUCAAGGAGCCACAACCCAGGAAGGGCUUGGCUUCUUUAAGCGUACCUGUCAAUGCAGACAAGGGGGAGAUUGUUACCGAACUAGGAAAUGAAAUAGAAGAAGAACCCACUUUGAUAAAUCACUCGGUCAAAGAUGGAUUUGAUGGAUUCCUUGCAUCCACCAUAAAGGCUGAAGAUCCAGACUCAGGGCUGAAUGGAAAACUCCAGUACCUGAUGACUGAUGGAAAUCCUUAUGGACUCUUCUGGUUGGAUCAGUCUACAGGUCAGCUGUUUGUGAACACCACAAACGCUACAGCACUCAUUGGGAAAACCUUUACAGUGGACAUUACUGUAUCUGACAUGGGCACUCCAAGCCUGUCCACCAAGGCUACGCUGGAGGUGACUUUCAUCAACCUCAGGGAUCACCUGAAGAACUCAUCACCUGGUAACCGUGGGCAGCUCAGCUUCACCAUGAUGAUGGCGAUUUGCCUGGGUGCCACAUGCCUGCUGCUACUGCUAGCCAUCGCUUUGGUGACGACGUUCUGUCGCCCUGAGAAACGGGACAACCGGGCCUACAACUGCAGACAGGCCGAGUCGACCUACACCCGCCACCCGCGACGACCACAGAAGAACAUCAGGAAGUCUGAUAUUCAGCUUAUUCCUGUCAUCAGAGGGCGAAAGGAGGAUCCUCCUGAGGAUGAUAGUGAAGCCCAGCCACUGGCUCCACCUCCAAUGUCAGAGGAUCAUCAAACUGAGAGACAGUACACCUUAACACCUUCAGUAAUGAACACAAGCUUCCAUUCCCAGACCCACUCCGAAGGGGAUCUCACUCAAACUCUCCCCCUCCACUGCAAAACACUCAGAAAACCUGGAAAUAUUGAGCUUGAUGGCGCUUUGCCUCUGACGCCGCCCACGCCAUACAGGACUCUUCGGAAACCCAGAAACACUUCAUCGUCCUCCUCAGUCUCACAUACAAGCACCUUGAAGCGUCAGAAUCACCCUAAAGGAGAAGUGGUGGAGCCGCUGUCCGCGUCGUCCCAGGCGACCCUCAGGAGGCCGAGAACCUCAGAGGGACGAGGAGGGCAAGACGCAGAACACCAGCAGAUGCUUCGAAACCUGGUCAGACUGUCCAUGGCUGCGUUUGCUGACUCCAUCGAGCUUUCCUCAGCCUCCCCAGAGGUUCAGCAAAUCUCCCAGCUCCUCUCUCUCCUGCGUCAGGGUCAGCUGCAGCCGCGGCCAAACUUCCGCGGGAACAAAUACUCUCAUCGCACUGGCAGAUACGGAGGUCAGGAUUGUUCUGAUUGGCAGAGCACUAAAGACAGCGGACAUGGCGAGAGCGAAGCUGGGGACGUAGACUGGGAACCAGGAAGAGACUCACCCAUUGACCCGCAGCUGGGGGAGGGACUCCACAACCUGCUCAACAAUCCUGAUGACGUCUUUGCGGAGGUCAGCGAUCCAGCCUGGAUGGCCAGACUCUCUCUCCCGCUCUCUGGCGAUUAUCACGACAAUGUUUUUGUCCCCAAUGGGCCUCCGUCCCCCGAGAGCGAGGUCCUGCCCCGGGAAGGCUUGGACUCCUCGUCUUUCUCCACCUUCGGUAAAACCCCAGAGAAGGACGGUCCUUUGGGUGGCACCCUGCUGUCAGAGGUCAGCACCCUGUUUGAGAUGCUGAUGACACAGAAGGCCGACGCCCAUCCCGGCCCUCGGCCCGAUGUCCUGUACCGACUGUCUGCAGCGUACCGGCGCUCGCUGGGCCUGGACGGAGCCACACCUGCUGCAGCCAACGCAGCAGCAAGGAACUCUGGGAACAGUGAGAAGAGACCAGGCCUGGCUCAACCAUCAGGACUUUAUCAAUAAAUAUCUGAUCACUGAACACUGGAGAGAAGAAAAACUAAACACUGAGAUGCAGCUCGGAUUGGAAAGUAACAGAAACAAUAUCACAUGUUUCUGUGUUUGAGUGGCAUGUGGGGAUUUUAGAGGCAUUAUGUGAUAAAAUACUUAAAUAUGAUUAAAAACUGUAAAUAAAUAUUCAUUUUUUUAUC